CCGCCGCCGCCCGCCCGCGGCUGACGUGUCGCUGCGCGAUGGCGGCGGCCUGGGAGGAGAUCCGGCGGCUGGCGGCCGAUUUCCAGCGGGCGCAGUUCGCCGAGGUAGCCCACAGAUUGUCAGAACGGAAUUGUAUAGAAAUUGUCACAAAGCUGAUCGCAGAAAAGCAGCUGGAAGUAGUGCACACACUUGAUGGCAAGGAGUAUGUCACUCCAGCACAGAUUAGUAAGGAGAUCCGCGAUGAGCUUCAUGUUUCUGGUGGUCGAGUUAACAUUGUCGACUUACAACAGGUAAUAAAUGUGGACCUUCUGCACAUUGAAAACAGAGCUAAUGACAUUGUUAAAUCUGAAAAAGGUAUUCAGCUUGUACUGGGACAGCUUAUAAAUGAGAGUUAUCUGGAUCAAUUAGCAGAAGAAAUAAAUGAUAAACUACAGGAAACUGGCCAGGUGACAAUAUCGGAACUCUGCAAGGCAUAUGACCUUCCAGGAGACUUCCUGAUACAGGCAUUAUCCAGGCGUUUGGGCAGAAUUAUUCAUGGACAACUAGACCAGGAAAACCGUGGGGUGAUUUUUACAGAAGCCUUCGUGUCCCGCCAUCGAGCACGCAUUCGUGGGCUCUUCACCGCGAUUACUCGGCCUACACCUGUAAGUAGCUUGAUCACUCGGUAUGGAUUUCAAGAACAUUUACUUUACUCUUUGCUAGAAGAACUUGUUAACGCUGGUCGUCUGAAAGGCACCGUGGUUGGUGGGAGACAGGAUAAGGCUGUGUUUGUGCCAGACAUCUAUACCAAAACACAGAACAAAUGGGUGGAUUCCUUUUUCAAGCAGAAUGGUUACUUAGAAUUUGAUGCGUUGUACAGACUUGGCAUCCCUGAUCCAGCAGGCUACAUUAAAAAAAGGUACAAGUCCGCACAACUCUUAUUUCUGAGAGCAGCUUGUGUUGGUCAAGAAAUUGUGGAUCAAGUUGAAGCCUCUGUGGAGGAAGCCAUCAGCUCUGGAAACUGGAUAGAUGUAGCGACUCUUCUGCCCAGCUCACUGUCAGUAGAAGAUGUUGGUAUUUUGCUCCAGCAAGUGAUGAGAUCUUUAAACAAAAGCUCUUCAGGUUUAGUCUUCAGUGACACCAUUGCAGUCAGUGAGAAAUUUCUAAGCAGCUGUGCUGACCUCUUUUCUGAUCUGAUGCAACAGAAAGCAGAAAAGGAAAUCAAAAACAACCCUGUUAAUUUAAUCACUGAAGAAGAUUUAAAACAGGCUUCUUGUUUAGAGAACUCAUAUGCUAAUAAAAAAGACAAAAAGGAUGAAAGAAGAAAGAAGGCAGCAGAGGGCAGUGGAAGCGUGAGAGGAGGAGGUGGUGGGAAUGCCAGAGAGAUAAAGAUCAAGAAAACCAAGAAGAAAGGAAGAAAGGAUGCUGACAGUGAUGAAGAGUCACAAGGGACUGCUACAGGUAGGAGUAAGAAGCUGGAGUUCUCUUUCAUGUCACAAGAGGAAAUUGAGGAUGUUUUAAAGACCCGCUUGCAGGAUUGCCCUGAAGAGCUUAUUACAGAAAUUGCUGAACAUCUAAGAAGACCUUUGACAAAAACUUACCAGGAGGUUGUGCGUUCCGUUUUUACAUCUUCAGCAUCUUCCUCUGGAGCCAACAGAAGACAGGCUAUGAAGGACUUGCAGGAGGAAUUCUCAAACCUGUACAACAACAUUCGGUUAUUUGAAAAGGGAGCAAAGCAUUUCACAGAUGAUACUCAGGCUAACCUUGCCAAACACCUGUUGAAGACUCUGUGUACAGACAUUACAAAUCUGGUUUUCAACUUCUUGGCAUCUGAGUCAAUGAUGUCAACAGAAAAUUACUCUACAAUCACAAGUGAGGGCAGAAUCAAGAUUUUAGGUAAACUGCCAGAAGAUACCAAAGGUCCUUUAACUAAACUGCAUACUUCUCUGAAUGGCAAGAGUAUAGAAGAUUUUCUUUCGUGCCUUGAUUCUGCAGUGGAUAUUUGUGGUGUUAUGGUGAAAAAAGGAGACAAAAAGAAGGAAAGGCAAGUCCUGUUUCAGCAUAGACAAGCUCUGAUUGAACAGCUCAAAGUCACAGAAGAUCCAGCUCUUGUUCUGCACCUGACAUCAGUAUUGUUAUUUCAGUUUUCAACUCACUGCAUGCUUCAUGCACCAGGAAGAUCAGUACCACAGAUCAUUAAUUUCCUAAGUGGCAAGAUCCCAGAGGAUCAGUAUUCGCUGAUAGCCAAAUACCACGGAUUAGUGGUGAAACAAUUGACCAGCCAGACUAAGAAAACUGAACACGAGGACAGUGACACAAAAGAUAACAUGGAAGAGGAGGAAGGAGCAGAAAGCAUUCGAAAAGAGCUUCAGGAAAUCACUACCUCUAUCAAAGAUCUUGUUCUCAGACCUAGGAAAUUUUCUGGAACAGAGGAAUAAAAAUGUUAUCCAGCACAUCCACCUCCA